AUGAAUGUUGCGGGGAAGACAAAAGACAAUGAGAAGGCCCGAAUGGAUAUAGCUUUGUACUGCAGACGAAAAGAUUUGGAGCUAAAAAGUCAUAGCAAUGGAAACAUGUAUAAGCCAAAAGCAAAUUAUACACUCUCAACAGACCAAACAAAACAAGUCUGUCAUUUGGUAAAAGGUCUUAGGAUGCCAGAUGGAUAUUCUUCUAACUUGUCAAGGUGUGUUGAUGUGAAUAGGGGAAAGCUCAUUGGGAUGAAAAGUCAUGACUGCCAUGUGUUUAUGGAAUGCUUACUUCCUAUAGCGUUUAGUUCUUUACCGUCUCAUGUUCUGAAUCCCAUUACAGAGAUAAGUCAUUUCUUUAGAGAUUUGUGUUCUACUACAUUGAACAAGGAUGACCUAGCGAAGAUGGAAGAAAACAUUCCAAUCAUUCUUUGCAAGAUGGAGAGAAUAUUUCCUCCCUCAUUCUUUGAUUCUAUGGAACAUCUCCCUAUCCAUCUUCCAUAUGAGGCACGACUUGGUGGACCAGUCCACUAUAGGUGGAUGUACCCAUUUGAAAGCUCAUUCUUACAUACCUAUCAACUAUCUGAGUCAAACAGUUCGACAUACAUACAUGCUAAUUUCCCAUUGUGGUUCAGGCAAAAAGUUCAUAACGAUCCUUUAAGUGUGAGGAACCAACAUCUUAGAGAUUUAUCACUUGGUCCUUUAAGGUGUGUAAAGGAAUGGCACACAUUCUUUGCUAAUGGAUACAAAUUUCAUACCCAUGCAUGGAGUCAGGGCAAGAAGACAAUAAAUAGUGGGGUUCAUGUUAAAGGGCUAACAGAAGGAGGUCAAGAUGAUUUCUAUGGUGUCAUUAAACACAUUUAUGAGUUGGAAUACAAUUCAACAACCAUAGAAAAGAAAAUUGUAUUAUUUUAUUGUGAUUGGUUUGAUCCAUCGAGAGUAGGUACAAGGGUGGAUUCAAAGUAUGGCAUUGUGGAUAUUCGAAUGGAUAAAAGAUAUGUGUUGUUUGAUCCUUUUAUAAUUGCACAUAAUGUACAACAAGUGUAUUAUGUACCAUAUCCUACAUCACGCACGGACAAACGAGGUUGGUGUGUUCCGAUAAAAACUAAGCCUAGAGGUCGCAUUGAUUCGAAUGAUGUAGAAGCCGAUGUGCCAUACCAAGUGGAGGAAAUGUCACAUGUUAAUGACGUCACUAAAGUUGAAGAAGUAGUCCGAUUACAAGAUGUAGAAGCUGGUCUUGAAGAAGUGAACCCUAACAAUAUUUCAUCAUUUCAAGGGCAGAUAGAUGAAGAUACAACAGAAUCAGAAGAAUACAAUGCAGAGGGACAAGGUGAAGAUGACAAUGAAGAUGAAUUUCAUAGUUCUAGCACUGAAUAGAGUUAGGGUGUGUUCCUCCUUAUUUUUGUUGCAUUUAUAAUGUUGUCCACAAUCUUAAGUUCUUAUCAAUGUAAGUCUUAAGAUUAAACAUUUACUAAUAGAGUUUUAUUGCA